AUGGGCAAGUCCAAGGAACCACUUCUUCCCUUCACCUCCUCGACAAUCUCUCGGGAUUCAUCGUCCACCUCCAUACAUGGCUCCUCCUCGCUCCCCACAUCGUCCUCCUCCUCCUCCCUCUCCUCCAACCCCAACGUCGCAAUCGCGCUUCUCCUCGUCUCCCGCCUCCGCGACGCGAUGCGGCAAGCAGCAGCGCAGCAGCGGCCAUGGCUGGAGCUCGUCGAUCGCUCCGCCUUCGCGCGCCCCGAGAGCCUCUCCGACGCCGCGAGCCGCAUCCGCAAGAACAACCGUUACUUCCACGCGAAUUACCUCGUCGUCCUCUUCCUCGCUAUAAUCAUCUCCGUUUUGCACAACCCGUUCGCGAUCCUCUGGCUUGCGAUACUCGCCGCGGCUUGGGGCUACACCUUCCUGUUCCGCCCUGGACCAAUCACCGUAGCCGGGCGGUCGUUCAGCGAGCGGGAGAAGCUAAUAAUCAUGUGCCUGUUAUCCGCGUUAAUAGUCUUCGGCCUGAGCCCCCUCGGAUCGGCGGUCAUGUCGGGAACGGUGAUAGGAGUGGCUGUAAUCUGUAUCCACGCGGCGUUCCGAGUCCCUGACGAUCUUUUUUUAGAUGACUCCGCGGAUGGACUCGCUGGGCUGGGCCUGGGCGCAGGCAGCAACAGCGGGUGGUUUAACUUGCUGCUUGGAAGCAGCACAGGGGGGGUGGGAGGAGUGGGGGGAGUAUGGGCGGUGGGUGGGGUUGGGGUGGGAGUGGGAGUGGGAGUGGGAGUGGGAGGGGUGGGUGGUGUGGGGGUUGGAAGAGGGGGAGUUGGGCUCAAGGGGAGUGGUGCAGGAAGAGGAGGCAGCAGCGGCGCGAGCAAGGCCAGCAAUAGUAGUCCUCCCCGCACCUCCCUUCUCUCCCCAUCCGAUCCACCACCUCCCGCCUCGCGCCCUCCCCCCGUCCCGUUUUCCAGUCCUGGGGUGACGUGGCAGCCGCUGAGUGGCCCCGCGUGCCAGGCUGCGGAGGCGGUCGAAGCUGGGCGGGCGGGCGGUGGUGAGACAGCAAGCGCGCGGGGCUCCGCUGGGGGCGCAGAGCGGGCGCGAGGGGCACGAGCGGGGAGGCUCAAGACUAAGGAAGAGAGCGGACCAGGGGGAAGGUUUCAGCCCAGUAUGACAGGGGUGGACGGAGGCAUGGUGGUGAUGUUUGGAGGGAUCAACGACCUCGGCCAACGGCUCGAUGACACGUGGCUCUUUGGCCCAAAGUUACGGGAGGCUGCCCAUGUUGUCCCCCCUGGCUUCACUCCUGCUGCUCCCAGGGGUGCUGGUGCUGCUGCCGCUGCUGCUGCCACACCUGCUAAUGGCAGUCACGGUGGUAGCAACCCUGCUGCUGCAGUUUCGGUGAAACAGCAGAAUGACUGGCAGUGGCAGCAGCUGCAUCCCGCGGUUUCCCCUCCGGCCAGGGGAGCGCACGCAGGGACGCACAUGGGGGGCCAGCGAGUGGUGGUGUUCGGCGGUAUAGACUCUGCUGGCCGUAGACUCUCCGAUGCGUGGCUGCUAGACCUGGCGGAAGAGCCAAUCACGUGGCGACAGCUGGAGAUGGUGGGUGGAGAGGAGCGGGGAGACGGUGGGGCAGCAGAGGGUGAGGUAGGGAGGGUAGGGGGAGGUCGGGUGGAGGCUGCUGGGGGGGAUAUAGGAACAACUGGAGCAGAAGCGAGAGACGGUGGUGGUGAUGGGUCGGCUGUUGCUGCUGGUGGUGAUGCUGAUGCUGGUGGUUGCAGAGGUGGCAUGGGUGCUGAGGCUGCCAGUACCACCAGUGGCAGCGACACGAGCACCAGGAACAGGAACAGAAGCAGCAACAGCAGCAGCAGCAGCAGCAGCGGGAGCAGGAACAGGAGCAGCAGAGGGAGGCACGAGUUGCCGUGUGCGCGAUCAGGCCAUUCCCUGACAGGGGUUUGUGAUGGGACGGCGGUGCUGAUAGGUGGCCGGGGGGCAGGCAUGGAGGUGCUUAGUGACGUGUGGAUCAUGCAGUUACAAGGGGACACUGUUGCUAGGUGGACUCUUUUAGACAGCGAGGAAGACUAUAAAGGGGACUCUUUUGGGGAUGGCCGUGUGGGUGGGCUUGAAGGGACUGAAGGGACGGAAGGAACAGAAGGAUUGAGAGGGGGAAUGGAGGGGAUGGAAGGGAAGGGUUUGGUAGGGCCUGGGCCGAGGGCCGGGCAUUCUGCAACACGGUUGGUGGACGGACGGGUGGUGCUGUUUGGGGGCGAGGGGGAGAAUAGGGACCGGCGGAAUGACCUUUGGGUUUUGGAUUUGCGGGGGAGAGUGCGGGCCCUGGGCUGGUGCGGUGGUAGGCGUGGUGGUGCGGUGUGUAGUGGUGUGUGUGGUGGUGUGCGUGGUGGUGUGUGUGGGGCUGUGAGUGGGAGGCAAGCAGUGGGGUUGGUAGAGGGGGAGGGGAGAAGGGUGAACGGCCGGUUGGUGGGUGCGGAGCUGAGGGGAGGAGGAGAGUUGGAGCAUGAAGGGUCGGAGGGUCGAGGGUUGGAGGGUCGAGGGUUGGGGGGUCGAGGGUUGGGGGGGGAUUAUUAUGUGGAGGGUUUGAGAGAGUGUGCGUUACGUGGUGGUGGGGGUGUGAGGAGUGGGGGAGGGCCAGCACAGGAGACUGAUGGAGUGCGUGGAGCAGCAGAGGAGGCACAGGAUGCACAGGUGGUGCAGCAGCAGCAGCAGCAGCAGCAGCAGCAGCAGCAGCAGCAGCAGCAGCAGCAGCAGCAGCAGCAGCAGCAGCAGCAGCAGCAGCAGCAGCAGGAGGGGGGUCCUCUGGUGGACCAACACAUACUUCCUGCUGCAGUUCCUUGCCUCCGCGUGCCAACCGAUAGAAUACUACCUGCCCCAAAGCGGCACCCAUACUGGCACCAGGUGCGUGCACUGGGAGUAGCGCCAGCAGCAAGGGCGUACCAUGGGGCAUGUGCCGUGGCAGGGGGUACGGCUGUGCUUGUGUAUGGAGGCAUGGUGGACCGAACGUCCCCCGUGGGAGGGGAGGCUCGUGGCGGUUAUGGUGCUGCGGUUGUGGGCCAUAGUGGUGCCAGGCAGAAUGCUGCUGCUGCUGCUGCUGGUGCUGCUGCUCCUGGUGCUGCGGCUGCCACUGCUGGUGGUGUAGCAGCUGCUGCUGCUGCUCAUUCUCCUGCACGUGCUCCUGCUUCUGCUGCUCCUGCUGCAAGGAGUGGUGGUGUGCAGUUUGACGAUUCAUUGGGAACUGCUACGCGGAGCCCAGUGGACAGUGGGGCGGGGGGGGCGGAUGGGGAGGGGGAGGUGGCAGGGGGCAGGGGGGAGGGGGAGGAAGCGGAGGGGGGCGGGGAGGGCGCGGAGGGGGGGGUGGGGGACGACAAGGAGGGGGCGGGGGGCAGCAGGCUGUGCCGCGAGAGCACAGCUGCUCGGAUCGGCUGGAAUGUGAGUCGAUCAUUGCGGAGGAUGCGGUGCGGAAAAAGAGCUCUCGCUGUGGCGCCGUUAUCCCCUAUUCAGACCCCCCUCCACGCCCCCUUCCCCCUCCACGCCCGCUUCCCCCUCCCUCCCCUCCCCCGUCCCUCCCCUCCCCCCUCACUCCCCCCUCUCUCCCCCCUCCCUCCCCUCCCCCCCUCCCUCCCCCCCUCCCCUCCCCCCGUCCCCACGGCAGCUGCUCGGCUGGAAUGUGAGUCGAUCAUUGCGGAGGAUGCGGUGAGGAGAACGAGCGCCCGCUGUGGCCUCCUGCCCCCAUUUUCCAUUGCCCUAAAUCCUAUCCUGCCCUGGUUCCCCCCUCUUCCCCCUCCCUCCUCUCCUCCCUCUCCUCGCCCUCACGGCAGCUGCUCGGAUCGGCUGGACUGUGAGUCGAUCGUCGCAGAGGAUGUGGAGAAUGAACACCCGCUGUGGCAACCCCCUCCACGCCCGCUUCCCCCUCCACGCCCGCUUCCCCCUCCCUUCCUUCACUCCUCUCCUCCCUCUCCUCGUCCUCACGGCAGCUGCUCGGAUCGGCUGGACUGUGAGUCGAUCAUAGCAGAGGAUGCGGAGAACGAGCGCCCGCUGUGGCGCCCCUCUGUAUACGCGCACUGGAAGUAUCUACCCUGUGACGUGGGGUCGGAUGUGAGUCCAGAGGAGGCUCGUCUGCUCGCUUACACACAGGCUGCUCAGGGCGUUCCCCUGCCCUCCAUUGUGGCAUCGGAGCGUGCCAUGCUCGCCAAUGCCGAGGCCAUCCAUGCCGCCUUCCGCUCGCGCCGUUACACCGGGCCAGUCAGACAAAACCCUCCCCUCACCACCCCCACUGGCGGGGCAGCAGCUUCCCCCGUCAUUCCCUUCCCCCCACCCGCCGACUUCCCUGCGCCCCCCCCCGCGUUUUCUGUGCCUCCAUCCGCCCCCGGCGCCCCCCUGGGCGCGGGGGGCAUGCUGUUUGGGAAGGUAGUGUUGCAACAACCAGCAGCAGCAGCAGCAGCCCCAUCACCGUUCGGCCCUACCCCUGCCUCCGCCUUCCCCCCGCCCCAACAACAACAACAACAACAACAGCCGUCGCCGUUUUCCUUUGGCAAAUCCCCUUUCUCCAGCGCCCCAGCUCCUUUCUCCAAUGCCCCAUCUCCAUUUUCUAGCGCCCCAUCUCCCUUCUCACCCGCACCACCACAGCAGCAGCAGCAACAGCUGAUCUUUGGCCAACCCACCACCACCACCACCACCUCCUCUCCCUUCCACCCCGCACCGUCACCCUCCCCAUUCGGCCCAACCGCAUCACCUUCCCCAUUCUCCCCCUUCGGCGCUAGCAGCCCCUCUCCCCUCUCCACCUCCCCCCCCGGCUUCCCUCAGCCUGCUUCAGCGCUGCCCCUUGCUGCUGGUGGUGCUGCUGGCGUGGGGGGUGGUGAGGGUGGGGGCGGGUCCCUGUGGGCUGCAACCAGAUGGAAGCUUGGAGAGGUACGUGCAAGCGAGCAGAGCUGUAAGUUUCACAUUUGA